AAUAUUUGAUUGGUUACAGGUCUUGAUACAAAUAUGUGUUCCCAAGAAUACGACUAUAACUUCAAACUCGCCUUUCAAACAGAAUGGUACGAUCCGGUCGCACAAAACAAAAGGACAUUCUUGAUGAGUUUUUAUCCAGGCGACAGCACCGUGGAGCUCUACGACAUCAACCAACGCAAAAUGUUCCUUCGCCGUUCCCUGUAUGAUGGUCUUCGUCUUAAGGACCUCUUCGUUGGUAAUACUGUAACCAUCUACGAUCGUCUUGUCAAAAUCACUGAAUAUAACGACAACACUACUCGCAAUUUUAUCGGUAAAUGGAAGCAGCAUACCUUUGCUCUCAUCAAACCAUCUGGCAUGCCUCACCUCGGCGAAAUCUUUAGUGAGAUCUACGCGGCGAACUAUACCAUCGAACGUUUACGAAUGUGCACUCCAUCCAGGACGGAAAUACUAAAUCUUUACGAAAAUCUCACGGGAAACCCUCAGUUACCAUUCAUAGUGGAACACAUGUGCUCAGCACCGAUAGUCGCCUUGGAACUUGUCGGAGAAGAUGCCAUCAAUGGUUGGCGUAAGAUGAUGGGUCCAGCCGAUUCCCAAGAGGCUAAGAAAACCGCUCCCGGUUCUCUGCGAGCUAGAUUUGGUUAUGAUUUAGCUUCUAAUGCAGUACACGGCGCUGAGGAUCACGAGCAAGCGACCAAGAGCGCGUGCUACUUCUUUCCCCAAGGGAUCGAUAGAAAACCACCGCCGAAUACUGCGCGUAUUAACAAUAGCACUUGUUGCAUCAUCAAACCACACGCCAUUGAUGAAGGAAAGUUGGGCACAAUAGUCAACGUAAUACUCAAAAAUUUUGCCAUCACUGCCAUGCAAAUGUUCUACAUGACACCGACCAAUGUAGAAGAGUUUCUUGAAGUGUAUAGAGGAGUCAUAUCGAAUUACCAUUCAUUUCUGCAUAGUUUUAUGAGUGGCCCAUGCUUCGCGAUUGAAAUUUCCGCUAAGGAAGGCGAUCCGAAGAGGGAUGUACACGGAGAGUUUAGGAAACUCUGUGGCCCGAUGGAUUGUGACGUCGCGAAGAACAUUAGACCUAAUUCACUUAGAGGAAUGUUUGGAAAGGAGAGAUAUCUCAAUGCGGUACAUUGUACUGAUUUGGCCGAGGACUGCGAACAAGAGUUGGAGUACUUUUUUAAAAUUCUAGAUGAAUAAGUUGUUGUUCCCCAAAAAAUAGAAGUCUGCAAGUUUUAGGUUAAUUUAUUUGAGGUUAGAUUGUCCAAUCUCUCUAAAACGUCCUUCUUGGAUAUUAAUUAUUCUGUCCAAAGUCGAAACUGUAUGAAACUAUUUAAGGGAGUAAAGUUUGGUCCAUAUGAUAUAUUAUUAAUCAACGGAAAGCGUAAUUUUAAAUAUAGCGAAUGCGUAUUAAAUGAAA